AUGUAUGCCCUUCAGGAAAUUCUGGAGAGGCCACUCCUCUUCGACCUUUCCAUUGCGUCCGUCAUGUCUUACAUAUUCUCCUGGUUGGCGGUGGCUAUUGCGGCUGUCACUGCUACUUCAGUUGCAAGUUCAGGCGACUCUUUAGCUACUUGUCCAGGCUACACAGCUUCUAAUGUUAGGACGAAUGCGCAUAGUCUCACUGCUGAUUUAAAUCUUGCUGGUGCGGCUUGUAAUGUAUACGGUGAUGAUUUGAAGAACUUGACCUUAGAGGUGGUGUAUGAGACCGAUGAUCGAAUCCAUGUCAAGAUCCAAGAUGCUGCCCGAAGUGUUUAUCAAGUCCCUACCAGCGUUUUCCCACGUCCACCAGUGCUACCGGGAACAGUAUCUGAGCACGCCAAUAUCCAAUUCCACCACGAAACUUCUCCAUUCUCAUUCUCAAUUAUUCGUACCGAAACUGGAGAGGUCCUCUUCGACACGUCUGCUGCAAGUCUUGUUUUUGAAUCCCAAUACGUAAGACUCAGGACAUCUCUUCCAGAAAACCCAAAUCUUUAUGGCCUAGGUGAACAUUCAGACUCGCUCCGUCUGAAAACUACUGAUUACAUCCGAACGCUAUGGAGCCGAGAUUCAUUCGCUAUCCCACUUGGGGAAAAUUUAUACGGCAACCACCCGAUAUAUUUCGAUCAUAGACUUUCAGGCACCCAUGGAGUCUUCUUCCUCAAUUCAAAUGGCAUGGAUAUUAAGAUCAAUAACACGAAUGGCAAGGAUCAGUAUCUGGAGUACAACACCCUUGGUGGGGUUCUGGACUUUUACUUUAUGGCUGGGCCAACGCCCGUGGACGUGUCAAAACAGUAUGCCGAGGUUGCGGGAUUGCCUGCCAUGCAUUCAUACUGGACAUUUGGUUUCCAGAAUUGCAGAUAUGGAUAUCGAGAUGCCUAUGAUGUUGCUGAAGCUGUCUACAACUACUCAAAAGCGGGAAUUCCAUUAGAGACUAUGUGGAUUGAUAUUGAUUAUAUGGACGAGAGAAAGGUCUUCUCGCUGGAUCCUGAGCGAUUCCCCCUCAAACAGAUGCAAGAACUCAAUCACUAUCUGCAUUCUAAAAAUCAGAAACAAGUCUUGAUGGUGGACCCAGCUGUUGCAUAUCAAGAUUAUCCGGCAUACCAGAAUGGCGCCAAAUAUGACACUUUUUUGAAGAGGGACAACGGGUCUUACUGGCUGGGUGUGGUCUGGCCUGGCGUAACUGUGUUCCCUGAUUGGUUUAAUACCAAAGUUCAACAAUACUGGAACGAUGAGUUCUACACAUUUUUCUCGCCACAGAGUGGUGUGGAUAUUGAUGGGCUGUGGAUUGAUAUGAAUGAGCCGUCUAGCUUUGCUUGUGAUUUCCCAUGCGACGAUCCUUUUGGUUCUGCCGUUGGGUUUCCCCCAAAGCCCCCGCCAGUUCGCUCUCCACCAAGACCUCUUCCGGGCUUCCCUUGCGAUUUCCAACCAGAAGGAACCCCAUGCUCAGCAACCAAAAAGCCGAGGUCAAUUGUAGUACCUCCGCUUCAACGAUCCCUCGAACUCGAGACUAGACUAGUUCCUGGGCAAGAAAAUGGCCUGCCGGGCCGCGACCUACUUUUUCCAAAAUAUGCUAUCCACAAUGCUGCUGCUUAUACCUAUGCAGAUAAUGCCGCUGGGGGAGGCAUUUCGAAUCACACUGUCAAUACAGAUGUCAUACACCAAAAUGGCCUCGCCAUGUACGAUACUCAUAACCUUUAUGGCACUAUGAUGUCGACUACUUCAAGAGGAGCAAUGGAAUAUCGCCGCCCGACAGAACGGCCCUUCGUAAUCACCCGGAGCACCUUUGCAGGGGCUGGCGCCAAAGUUGGACACUGGCUUGGAGACAAUGAAAGCCUGUGGCUGCAUUAUCGUCUCUCAAUCCGAACGCUAUUAGGUUUCACAUCCAUAUAUCAAGUGCCCAUGUCGGGCUCCGAUGUUUGUGGGUUUGGGGGCAAUACGACCGAGCAGCUGUGUGCGAGAUGGGCCACCCUUGGAGCCUUUAGCCCCUUCUACCGCAAUCAUAAUUCCGAUAGCAGUAUUAGUCAGGAAUAUUAUCGAUGGGCAAGCGUUACAUCAGCGGCGAAGAAGAUCAUCGAUAUUCGUUAUAGGCUUUUGGAUUACAUCUACACAGCACUAUAUCGGCAAACAGUCGACGGAACGCCUCUCGCAAACCCGAUGUUCUAUAUCUACCCCCAGGACUCGAACACUUUCGCUUUGGAGUUGCAGUACUUUUAUGGUCCUUCCCUGCUUGUUAGCCCUGUGACCGAAAAGGAUUCCACAAGCGUUGAUGUUUACCUGCCAAACGAUAUCUUCUACGAUUUCCACACCCACGCCGCGGUCCAAGGUAAGGGUUCAAAUAUCAAAAUCGAGAAUGUAGAUUACGAAUCCAUUCCUUUACACUACCGCGGUGGCGUUAUCGUGCCUCAACGAGUUGCAGGAGCUUUGACAACAGCCGACCUCCGUAAAAAGGACUUCGAGAUUAUCGUACCCAUUGGCAGUGAUGGAACUGCGGAGGGAGAUCUGUAUAUUGAUGACGGAAUCAGUCUUGUGCAGAAAUCCACGACGUCUGUAAAGUUCACCUUUGACGGGAAGACUUUCCGGAUGAGGGGGAGCUAUGGGUACAAUCCUGGGGUGAAGAUUGCUAGGAUUGUGAUUUUGGGGUUGAGCGGAAGCCUAGCGGGCUGUUCUGUUGAUGGAGAGGCAGUUACAAAUUGGGCGCAGCAUGGCACGAACGGUGAUGUUGUGGUACCGGUUGGGAAGCCAUUGACGAGGGAUUUUGCAGUUACGAUACAUAAGUGA